AUGUUUAAAGGUAUUCCUGUAGGUACAGUUGACUACAGACAUUUAGAUUUACCUGAAAUAAACACAUUUACCUAUGUGUGUGGGUAUUUAAUGAAAAAAUGUCUGGAAAAACAUACCUGUGAUAUUUGUAUUGAGUAUGCUCGGUACCAAAAACAAUUGGAUAAAUCCUUUCUACUAUCAUUUAUUAAAGCAUAUUCUACUAAUAACCAUUCCACAUUUGGAAAUUUGAUGAUGCCAGAUGAUGAUUUUUAUAAUUUUAUCUUUGAAUUAGAGAAUAUAUUCAUCAAUAACUUUCCCUCUAUUGCCUAUGAGGAAGGCGUUGGGGCUAAGUUGAAAAUUGAUUUUUCUAAUGUACCGUAUGAUCAUCCCUGUGAAUAUUUUGAAAAAUCAUAUUUAAUAAAUUUAUUUACACGCUUCAGAAUUUUUACAGGUAUCAAAUUUUUAAACAGGGCUUUAGUUUCAGAGAAGAAAUUGAAAAAUAGAAAGUUAACAGUACUACAACAUUUAUAA